CUUUCUCUGCGGACUCCGGACUCCAUCUUAGUCGUGUGUCCGUCACUCGUUUCCGGGGAGUGGACGGGCUGCUGCGCGGGUUUCCUUGCUGGCUGUGGGGUCGGCUGCUGAGCGCGUGCGAGCGCGAGCUGGUGUUGGCGCGCGCCCGCCCUUGUCGUGGGCAGGUGGUCGCUGUCGUGCGCGGUGACUCGACGCUCACCACUUUGACUCUUCCCAGGCGGCCGCACCGUUCGGCGUUCCCAGCAGCAGAGAUGGUGACAGCUGCCCUUCCUCGCCUCCUCCCCGGCUCGCGCCUGCGAGACCUCGUAGCUGUUCUAGUGGGUCUGAAGGGGGUCGGCUUGCAGGGCCGCGUCCGUCCCCUGACGGCUACCGUCCAGCAUCUCCUGAAGCUGUCGGCCGCUGGCAGAUCCUCCUGGGAGCCGUGGCUGCUCAGUUGUUAGGUGUGGGCUUUUCCCUGCUGCCCCUUACCAGGGCGAGGCCGUUCCCCUUUGUUCCUGGUUGGUUGAGUUCUCUUGUUAAGACAGGGUCGUGGUUUCGUCAGAUGGCGUCCUGGGUCCGUCGAAGCGAUCAUGGGGUUUUGGUUUUCAUUCUGUUCACAAGGCUUAUGACUGCAGUUGUGCUCCCUGAACCGGCCGUUUUAUUUCCUAUCAUGGGACAGACCUGCUGCUGAUGCCCAGAGGCCUGUCCCACCGAGGAGGGGUUGCAGCGGAUGGCGGGAGUAAGCCCCGCUGCGUCGUUGGCGGCAGUGGCCGGAGCCACACACCAGGUGGCCAAACCGGGUCAUACAAGGAGAGGACUCCCCGUUGGGACACAUAGGAGCGUGUUUGGCUCUAGAUCAAAUGGCGGCUGAAUGUAAGGGAACAAAGAAAUUAAGGGGUUGGUCUCCAAGCGAAGCUGCUGAGAGUCAGGAGGCCUCAGCAGAGGGUCUGGGAAAGUACAUUCCCCCUGCGGAGUCACUUUGCAGGAGCUGCUGUUGCCACCUGCGCCGCGUGUUGGGAGUGGAGGGCUCAGGUGAUGUAGUGGGAGAGAAUAGGAAUGGGGUCCUUUGCCCACACGGGCACGCACAGCCCACGACCUUCUGUUGUCUGUGGAGUACUAGGGUUAGACCAGCCGAAGGACUAGAAAGAGAAAGAGGGAGGAAAGGGGUAAGGGGGGAAAUCUCUCACCCUUUUGGGCAACGCAGUCCGUAGGGCACUCCUUGGGCCUCUGGGUGUUCUCAAGGAACAGUCCCAGCUGGAGAUCGUCACCGAGGGAAGCUCCCACAAAAUUCUUAAAGACUCUGGGGAUACAGUGUCAGAGCAAAGUGGCCCCCAUGACAGAUGCCAAACUAGGGUGGCCUGAUCCCGUGGAGCUGUGGCAUGGGUGGGGAAGAAUUCCCCGAGACAGACCCCGGAGAUAGAAGUUUAUUGAGGACCCCACAGGGGAGCAGCACACGGGACAGCAGAAGAGAGUGUUUGCCUCGAGGUGGUGCCGAGGGAUGAGAAUCAGGGGGGACCAUGAGGGAGUAUGUGAUCCUAUGGACUCCCAGCCCUUCCGGUCACUGAGGGCACUGCCAUGGGUGUAUUUGUGUGUUGUCACUUCCCGCAUGGGUGUGACUUGGGUCCUAGGGUGGGGUGCGGUUUCCCGUGUGUCACCCCCACAUCCUCCCACACACAUGGGUGAGGAGGGAGCGUUGCUACAACAGAACAUGUGGCUGUUCCAGGACGCAGUGGUGUUUGCAGAUGUGGCUGUGAACUUCACCCCGGAAGAGUGGGCUUUGCUGGAUGGUGGUCAGAGGCAGCUCUACAGAGAUGUGAUGCUGGAGACCUGCAGGAACCUGGCCUCCCUGGUUGGUACAAGUCAGGAUGAAAGGAGUGCAUCAAGGACUCAGCGGAAUGUUCUGCAGAAUGAGCUCCCCAGUGAAGGCGAGACCGUCUUAUGUGCAAGAAAUGAUUCGUUCUCUGUUUUUGGAGAAAACUGGAAAUUUCCUAACGGUGGAGAUGAGACCCAAACCGAGGAAAGGUGUUUGAGAAGUCAUCUGCCGGAGCGGGUCUGUGAAAGCAGUGAAGAUUAUCGAUGUGGAGAAACCAGAAGGCAGAUGACAAGUCUUACUGUGCGUGAGGAUUGUCCUACUGGAGACAGGUCCUGUCACUGCGCCAAGUGUAGAGAAGCCUUCACAGAUGGUUCUUUCCCUGAGAAUCCACUAAGAUCCCACCCUGGACACAAACCUAGUCCCCGUGAGGAAUGUGGGCCGGCCUGCAGCUGUGUCUCUUGCCCCAGCCCUCACGUGGACCCAGGCCUUGUAGAGAAACCUUAUGAACCUCAGGACACGGGGGGAGCAUCGAAGAGAGACUUCAAGAGUCGCGGUAGUAAACAAUCUUUAGAGUGCAAGAAAUGUGGAAAAACUUUCACUUGCAGGUCGUCCUUUCGGGGUCACAUAAGGGGUCACUGUGGACAGAGAGUUCAUGCGUGUGACGUGUGUGGGAAAGUCUUCAUGUAUCAGUCCUACCUUACACGUCACAUGAGAACUCACAGUGGGGAGAGACCCUAUGAAUGUGUGAAGUGUGGAGAAGCCUUUGGGUCUGCUUCAAGUCUGCAAAGACAUGUGAGGACAUACACUCGGGAAAAACCCUGUAAAUGUCAGCAAUGUGGGAAAGCCUUCCCUGGUGACUACUCCCUUGAAGCACACAUGAGAAGACACGAAGAGGACAGAGCCUUGGAAUGUAAGGAGUGCGGGCAAAGUUUCAGGAAGCAUCUGCUUUUUGAACAUCACAUGGCCACACACAAUGUCAUGAAACCCUAUGAGUGUAAGGAGUGUGGCAGACUCUUUAGAUAUCACACAGCCCUUGGAGUCCAUAUGAGGACCCAUACUGGGGAUAGACCCUACGAAUGUAAGGAGUGUGGGAAAACUUUCCAGAAGUGUGAACAUUUUAAACAUCACACGAUCACCCACAGUACCAUGAAAGCCUAUGAAUGUAACCGGUGUGGCAGAUCCUUCCGGGAUCACACAAACCUGCGCAUCCAUAUGAGGACGCACACUGGGGAGAGACCCUAUGAAUGUCAGCAGUGUGGGAAAACCUUCAGAUAUCGUGGAAAUCUGCGGGAACAUACGACAACACACACGGGGGAGAGACUGUAUGAAUGUCAGCAGUGUGGGAAGACCUUCAGGUAUAACUCAUGCCUGCGAGAACACAUGUGGAAGCACACUGGAGAGAGACCCUAUAAGUGUCAGCACUGUGGAAAAGCCUUCAUUCGUCACCACACUCUUGUACUACAUACUGUGAGAAGGCACACCAAGGGUGGACACUUGGAAUGUAAGGAGUGUGGUGAAACUUUCAGAAAGCAUCAACCUUUCGAACGUCACAUGGCCACACACGGUAUCCUGAAACCCUAUGAAUGUAAGGAGUGUGGAAGAGACUUCAGGUGGCACAGAGACCUACAGGUACAUACGAGGGUACACACUGGGGAAAGACCCUUCAUAUGUGAGCUGUGUGGAAAAGCCUUUAAGUCUCUCGCAAACCUUCGAGGACAUACAAGGACACACACUGGUGAAAGGCCCUGCAAGUGUCAGCAGUGUGGGAAAACCUUCUCGACUCAUGGAAACCUGCAAGUACAUAUGAGGACACACACUGGGGAAAGACCCUGUAAAUGUGAGCAGUGUGGGAAGGCUUUCCUAAGUCCUGGAAACCUGCGAGCUCAUAAGAGGACACACAGUGGAGAACGACCUUGUAAAUGUCAGCAGUGUGGGAAAGCCUUCACCACUCCUGGAAACCUACGAGCUCAUAUGAGGACACACAGUGGGGAAAGACCCUGUAAAUGCCAGCAGUGUGGGAAAGCCUUCACCCGUGCUGCGUCCUUGCGGGUACAUAUGAGGACACACAGUGGGGAAAGACCCUGUAAAUGCCAGCAGUGUGGGAAAGCCUUCACCCGUGCUGCAUCCUUGCGGGUACAUAUGAAGACACACACUAGGAAGAGACUUUAUGAAUGUCACCACUGUGGCAAAGUCUUCAGGAGUCCAUCUCACCUGGAAGCACACAGGCGGACACACACUGGGGAGAGACCUUUUAAGUGUACAGAGUGUGGGAAAGCGUUCAGUCGGCCUCAGUGUUUUCAGGAUCAUUUGAAAACACACAAUACAGUUAAAUCCUAUGAAUGCAAGCAGUGUGGGAAAGCAUACAAGUUUCCCUCAUCCCUUCGAGGGCAUAUGAAGAAACACACUGGGGAGAGAACUUCACUGGUCACUACUCCCUUAAGGAACACGUGAGGAAUCACAGUGGACGGUGACCUUUUGUGAACCUACGGUCUCUGGUAAGACCUUCCAGUAUUGCGUAGAACUGCAAGUAUAUGUGAUGACAGUAGACGAGAAUUGUGUGAAUGUCCACGCUGUGGGAAAGCCUUCAGGUGUCCCUCUAAUCUUCAAGGAUGCUUGUGAGAGCACACUGACGUGAAACCCUAAGAAGUUAAGAACCAUGGAAAAACCUUCCAGUAUUUCCUCAAUCUGGGAGCACAGACACUGGGAAAAUCGUUUGUUAAAUGAGAACCAAUUUACUGGAGACAAACCCGAAUGGACACAAUUUGGGGAACACUUCCCCUAUAGAACUUCAUGUAUUUUGUUCGUGACAGUUGUGGCAGGACAGAAAUCAUUUCAUUGUUACAAACAUGGCUUUGUUUUUGCAAGUGCCUCCUCCAUGAUAGAGAUGCGAAGUGUCUUAAUUUCUAGUUCCUGUUGCUGAUACGAACACUCAUGGUGCUAAGUGUCCUUUGUCCUCUACAUCUGUACAACAUGCACUUUGUUGUCUCAGACUUGAAGUAAUCACCUUGUUAGGUAAAACACAUUUCUUUUCCAUUACAAUGUCUUUUAGACUCAGGUUGAUAAGAACGUGUCUGUGGGAGGGGUGUGUGCAUACAACUUCACAUAAUUUUGGAAAAAAACUUGAAGUUCAUAUUCCAAAAAUUUCCCAAUCUCCGAUCAUCAUAUAAGACUUUUUGAUUGUUGAAAGUUCUUUUCUGUUGCUAAUACUGGAAUUUCCUGACUCUGAAUCAACUCUGUAUUUUCAGUCUUCAUUAUUGAAACACAUGUUUUCACAUAAGUUUUCUCCUUUUAUUGAGCAGUUGUUAAAUUUUUUAUGUUGUUUUUACCUCUUCUGAGAGUUAUUGUUGGUGUCUUUGGUUGUUUUUGUUCCAAUAUGACUUGGAAGAAUGUGCCUUUUGAACAUUG